UACCGGGAUCGUCUGAUCGACUGGUAAGAAUUAGCUCUGAACUGCGACAGGAAUCCGGGGCUCCGCAAGUGCGGAGGUGAACAAGUCGUGUUCUUGAGUAGCUACAUAACAGUUCGCAUCCCCAGGGUGUUAUUUGAUUAUUCUAUCUAUCUCCUUGUUGACGGUCAUAAGUAACGCUGUUCCGUGCCUUCUCAUUGUGUUGUUUACGUCUGUCUUCCGAUUAUCGCCAGACUCUGGUCUCGUUUAAGCUCUACCUCCCAUAUAUCUAUCGGAUCUCCUCUCCGGAACUUUCGCUCCAUCCAAAAACAACACCGCCACAAUGGCCACCGAAUACAACCAGCAAGCUCGUGCAAACGGUGAUCCAUUGGAAAAGGACUUCUCGAACGGUCACGGAUACACCAAUGGCAACGGAGGCGGUGCAUAUCACUUGAAUGAUUCCAAUAUGGAUCAUGGCGAGGCAUUGAAGCGGAUCAGAACUGCAGGCAGCAUUUCGAUCUCUCCUGAGCUGUUCGAGAAGAUCUAUCUGUCGCCACAAAACGCGGUCAAAGGUGAUUUGAGAAAGACUUUCGGAAAUCCUACACCUGUUGCUCUCCUCGGUUUCUUGCUCUCUCUGUCUCCACUUUCCUGCGAUCUGAUGGGAUGGCGAGGUGCUGGUGGUAACGGUGCAGCCGGAAUUGGAAGCUACUUCUUCUUUGGCGGUCUCCUCAUGCUCCUCGGCGGAUUCCUCGAAUUCAUCCUCGGCAACACCUUCCCCUUCGUGGUCUUCACCUCCUUCGGCGCCUUCUGGCUCACUUUCGCCGCCACCCUCCAACCUUUCUACUACGCCUACGGCCUCUACGCACCAACAGGACAACCCGAAGCCGCCGGCCAAGCAACAGUAGGCUUCACAGCCUCCUUCGGCUUCUUCCUCGUCUUCAUGGGCGUCCUCUGCUUCGUCUACCUGAUCUGCUCGCUCCGCACCAACAUCGUCUUCGUGGUCAUCUUCUUCACGCUCGUCAUCGCCUUUGGCCUUCUCUCAGGCGCCUACUGGCAGAACGCAAACUCGAUCGCGAACAACGACCCCAGUGCUGCGGCCCUAGCGGGACGACUACAGAUCGCGGCCGGUGCGUUCACGUUCGUGACGAGCAUGGCGGGCUGGUGGAUCUUCUUCGCCAUCAUGCUCGCGGCGCUCGAUUUCCCGUUCCAGAUCCCCGUUGGUGAUCUCAGUACCAUGAUCAAGGGCGCAAGUGACAGGGCUAAGGAUAAGGAACAUCAAGUCUAGAUACUUCCUCUCUUAAGGGAUGUGUGGAGAUGAAUGAAUGAAUGGCGGAGUUAUGGGGACAAAUCAUCAUGGAUGGGGAGUGUAUGCUUGUA